AUAAAAGUUAUUGAUGGCCUCAACCUAAUCAUAAUUUAAUUUCAUUAGGAAACCACUUCCAAAAGCACCUAAUUCUCGAUAAUUCAGUAGAGAAAAGAGUUAACCAAUGAUUAAUCCUAUUACACCAACAGUAUGAUUGAUGUUUAUAAAAUAAAGGCGAAGUUUCGCAUAAAUCAUAAUAACUAGUUUUUAAGCAGAGAGAAAAUGUAAAAAACUAGCAAUAACUUUUUUAAUAAUACAGCUGAAAGUACAAAAAUAACAAAAGCUUAGAAUUAAUCUCUGCUUCGAAAACCAGAUGUUGAUUAUAAAUAAUUAAUUUUUGAUAAAGAAGAUUAAGAAGAAGAACAACAAUUUUAAGUACUUUGUUAAACUUUAGAUAAAAUAUUGUGA